AUGAGGGGUCUGCUGUGCGCUGUUCAUGCUCUGGUUUUCGUCCUAGUUCUGGUGUCCUCGCCAGAGAAGAGUUCUGGAUUCAUUGGCAAGAUCCUUGAUGAACUGCAUCGAUUCGAUAAAAAUGUACUUAGAAAGGUGUCAGAGCCAGUGAAUGACGUCCUCCACAAGUUUGAUAAAAAUGUGCUCCGACCUGCAGCGGAGCCUGUUAAAUGAAGUGCUCCACGAGUUCGAUAAAAAUGUUCUCCGAGAAGUAGCGGAGCCUGUGAAGGAAGUCCUACAUGAGUUCGAUAAAAAUGUGCUUAGAAAGGUAGUGACGGCCCUAGGGCUUAGAAGAAUUCGCAAAACUUACCAAGAAUUUAGGGACUGUGCAAUAAUUAUCAGGAGGAGGGGGGCUGAAAAACUAGAGUUAUCUAGCAAAAACUUAGACAGUACCCCCCCUCCAAAACCAAAAAAAUUAGUUUAAACCCCCCUCUGUUAUGUUAAAAAUAACGUCGCACCCCCCCCCCCCGACCACCCACCCAAGAUUUAGACAAAGCAUUUGCUAAGUACCGGGGUGCUUACCACAUUGGCUUAAAAUCUAAAACUUCUGAAGCCAGAAAGAGAAAGGAGCAGAGAAAAAAAAUCAAAGAACAGGAGAUUGAACGCUUCAAAUAACAGACGAAAAAGAGCUUGCAUUAUAUUUAGAUCCUUGGGGGGAGAGCCUGAUGAACUUUGUUAUGAGCCAGAUAUAUAUGGAAUUCAGCAAAUCGAUUCAGUCGAUGAAGAAACAUUACUUUUAUUCACAUCAAAAACCGACAAAGCUUGUCUACGAGAUCUGUUUGAUUCCCAUUGUUUUAUGGGGGAAGCUGAAAAACAAGUUCAUGAUUUUUGCUUUACAUAGGAUCAGCUCAAUUAAUUAGAAGACAGGUUAAAAUUGAUCAGUUGUGAAUUUGCGUUUCAUUUUGAUGGAAUAUUUUCAAUAAUCGUUUAACAGCUGUCCGUAUUGAUAUUUGUUGCAGUCUAUCAUGAUGCCUGUAUUGAGAAUCUUUUAUUGCGUUUAAUUUUAUUUACAUUUCGAAUAAAACUUAACGCCCCCCCUCCGUCAAAUGACUGAUUUUACUUUGAGCCCCCCCUAUCUUGGCAGCAAUUUUAUGUAAUGCCCCCCCUCUAGUUUUUCAGCCCCCCCUCCUGAUAAUUAUUGCACAGUCCCUUAAGCAAGAA